CUAAGUGCUGAGAUCCUCUAAGAUUUGUGCAUAUCCUUCAAACUUCUUAGUUCUUAUUCCUGAUACUCCAAACGUCAUCCAAUUCAAUGGCCUAUGGUAGAAGCAGAGCUUCAUCUGUUUUGGAUGGGUUCACUCUAAAUCCACUGCCCUAUCCUGUUCUGCUUAUCUUAUCAGUGAUCUUCAUAUUCCUAGGCAUUUCAUGGUACUUUUCAUAUGAAGAAGUUGUUGAAGCUGCUGAAGAACAACUGGGUUGGAUACUUUUUGCUACACCAGUGGUGCUACUACUCAUAGUUCGUUGUUUAUCAUCAAUGGAUACUUCAGAUUGGUUCUUUAGCUCGUCGCCAUGGGAAAGGCGCAGGAGGACCCACUACCUCCCAUCAGAGGGUAGCUCCCCUUGGGGUGUGGCUGCUUUGAUCGUUCUCUUGUUGAUAUUGGUGCAGUAUCAAUCAUCUUUCCUUGAUAGCUGGUUUGGUUGAUUUGGUGUUCUGAUUUGAGCUGGUUUGUUUUUCUAUAUAUAUAGGUUUGUUUUAAUUUACGGUGGCUGUGUUUAUUAGUUAUUAGGGAAAAGACAGAGUAACUAUGAAACUUUGAUGCAAACCUUGUGAUUGUUGUAAAUAUGCAGUUGAAUAUAAUAUGUUGCUGUAUGAAUAUGAA